AUGACUGAUUUAUUCUUCAGUAGGGCAUGCUCUCCAAGCAGCGCUGGAAAUCUUGCCAUCAAAUCCGACGGCGGUAUUGAUAGCGACCUCGUCGGUGGUCUUCGCAGUGGACGUGGUGCGAGCGGUAGCAGGCUGUCUGACAACGAGAAGCUUCUACUGCAUAACUUUCUCCUUCAUUGCAAACUACCCGAACGCAAGGCAGACAAGCUUUACCUUGAACAUGCAACUGCACUAGUUUCGGUUAGCAACAGAGUUGUUGACACUCUUCAACGCGCCUUCAACAAGUACUAUGUCGACAAGGAGCCACCGGAGUCGAUCUACAUUGUCUUUAUUCGAAUACCAGCCGGGAAAUUUUUGUUCGAGUGGGCCAUUCCUGACGACUUUGUGGUCCACUCUGUGUCGAUCAAGACCUUAUUAGAUCGUGGACUCACGCUGAAGAACUUCCUAAUAGGCCAAAGGUUGCCACCCACUGCCGAGUUGUGUCACGGAAUGGCAUAUGAUACUUUCCCCACCAAUUCCGACGCCUGGGAAAUCGGAUUGGCUCUGGGCUUCCUUGUGAGGCCAUUCGGAGCGAGGGCACCUUCUUGCUGGAUCGCCAGCCAACUCUUUUGGGACCUCAUCCAAGGCUUGUCUUGGGAGACCCUGAAAGACCUGGGCAUUCCUCAAUCCGUGACAAUUGUUUCCCGAGGUGGUGAAUUGGGUCAUGUGGCCCUUUCUUUCUUCGAGCAGGUAACCGAUGGCAUUGAGACAUGUUUAGACUGGUGGUUACUGGACGACCGCUUCGUGCUGGCUUUUGAGGAAUACAAGCUUUGGCGAGAUCUAAAAGAGGAGAGAAUACUGGAUGCUUGUAACUAUCUCUAUUUGAUACUUCCUUCUCGCGGCUUCGAGUUGGCGGAAGCCAGCUUUGAGCGAGAGCAGACAAGGUUCAUGGCCGAAGUUGAAGCUGCAGCUAUCAAGAUUGGUUUAUAA